AAGUAUGGGGCGGCGGGUUUUCGGGAGACGCUGCCGACUACUCCGAUGCAUGGGGCGGCAGCAUUCGGGAAGAGGCCACUGAUAGUGCCAAAGCAUGUGGCACGUUUGAAGACCAGCUGGAUGAGGGGGAGGGAACUAAGAAAGAGGGGAGCAGCUUCUAAAAGGGCGGGAUGGAGCGACGAUAAUACUCUGGGUAGCUUGAGAGGGGGGAUCGGGUAUGCGGUUGCUAAUGUUAGCUGGGGCGUGGAGAAGACGCGUGCUGACGUCAGCAAGAGUCGAGCCACAGAAGCAGCGCACGUGUACGAGUUUGACUUCGAUGGAAACAGGCUUCUUACAGUGGUCAAGAUUCAGGUUGCUCUGGUGGGCCAGGCCAAGUCCGUACAGGUGCAAAUGGAUAAGCUAUGCGAGGAAGCGGAUACAAGUUCUAAGGAGGGGCUGCAUAACCUCUUGACAGAGAUUUUGCUGGUAAUCCUGCGCCACUCCACCGACUGGGCGUACGGGACCGCUCAGAUGAACGCUCUGGGUUAUGAUUCCGCUGAGAAAAAGUAUCAGCGAACGGUGUUGGAGGAGCGGUCCAAGGCGAAGCAGGAGACGCUGAUCAAUGCGGGUGGCAAACUGACGCCGAAGACGCCGUCCAUCCGACCUCCAAACGAUGACCAGCCGCCCAACGAGUUCGUCGUCGUCACCGUCUUGGCUGCCAUCAAGGGCCGUCUCCAAACGCCCGAUGGCGCAAGCCACGUCUCCACACCCCAAAGCCUCAAAAUUGCGUUGCAGGCGCUGAGCGAGGUGCAGGCAAAGGAUCUCGAGGUGCUCGACAUUCUGUGGGUGCCUCAGGAAGAUGACGACACGCUGACGCAUGAAGAGCUCAUUGAGAACUUUACCGAUUUGUCUCCCGUGUGA